UUCAACUGAGUAACAAAUGUCCUCCUCUUCCUUUGUUUAUCUUCCAGAUCUGCCUCCUCCUCCCAUCCCCCCUCCAGCGGGGCUCAAGUCCCCCACACACCCCUCCAAGACAGCCCUGGAGGCCCGGGGGAUGAUGUCUCCCAAGGCAGGCGAGGGCAGGGACAGGAGAGGGGGCUCAGGAGGAGGGUACCGGCCACGGGAGGAAUCGGACCCCCGUACCAGCUCCUCAGAGCGCCGGGAGACCCAGGACAGACAGAAGAUCCCCCGCKCAGGGAAAGGGAACAAACAGGAGGGGGGCAGCACCAAGGCACGCCAACACCCAGGACCAGAGGACAUCCUGCCCUACAGCCGCCCCUCCUUCCCCACGGUCCACAGUCCCAGAGACAGGGACCCCAGCUCCUCCAGCUCCAUGUCCUCCCGGGGCUCAGGGGGCCGGCGGAGAGGAGAGGGGGGGCCGGUGGCCCGCAGGAACCCCAACGAMAUGGGGGCCUUCCAGCCAGGAGACGAUGACUUAGAGAUGGUGGAGACCUGAAGUACUAGAAGGGAUGAACAGGAAGUUCUGUCCAGAAUGAAGUUUCCGAGAAGAGGAAUGCCGUGAUCGUUCCUCUGUCCAUUUUAAAUAUCUCAGUAUCUCACCAUCAUGUUUGCUGACAAAUACUGUACAUCAAUUGUGUUUCUAUACACCUGGAAAACAGACCAAUUGUUUUUCUAAUUUAUCAUUUUCUAUGUCCAUUUUACAGAAGAAAAAAUAUGCCAGAGAAUAAAAGAAUGGUACUUUAAUCCAAAGCAAAAUACUCAUUAGCAGAUACACUAUAUACAGUACCAGUCAGAAGUUUGGACACACCUUCUCAUUUCAGAGAUUUUCUUUCUUUUGA